AUGUACACGUCGGCCAUCGUCUGGCUGUACAUAAUGCUCGAGUGCGCGUGGGCCGUGGAAUAUGAGCCUCUGCCCACCACCGCCGCUCGGCCCUCUCUGUCGAGGGACACGUCCAAUGAGCUUAUUUGGGUCUGCCCGCCUCAUUCAGACACCUGCAUGGGUGUCACGAGCCCAUUCGCGCGGUACAUUCGCCGAAGCAUAUGGUUUGAGCGCAAAGCCAUCAUCAUCACCGCCAUCUUUUUGUCCAUAUUCAUCAUCCUCUUCAUUGGGACGGCCGUGUUCUUGCGCGAUUUGCGUCACAAUGGCAUGGACGAGGAGGAAACGCUGUCUGAAAAGUCAGAAUCAGAGGAACCUCUUCCAUGGCCGCCCUCUGCUCAGCGUGCACGGCUCUUUAUGCAUCUCCGACACCGCUCGCGCGCAUCGCGACACACGCCGCCUCGUGACCAUUCGGACGCUGACGAUGAAGACUCAGACACCGCCUCUGAGUUAUCUCUUUCUGAUCUCCCUUGCGCGCAACCUCCCUUGCUGAACGCUGUCCAUAUCGCCGCUCCGGUCAGGCCCAGGUCCCCCCGAUACCCAUCGCACUCAGAGGCCCCUGACGCCUCAGAUAUCCAAGUUGUGAAUACCCUGCCUAUGGAACCUGCCGCCACGCUGCCACCGAGCUACGGCACAGCAUCUUCUCGAACUACGUACGACAAACCGGAGCCCAUAUGCAAUCCGUUCGAGGAUCCCGAUACCACUACCCUCUCGGCUCAUGUCGCCACGGACGAAAAGGCCACAUUGCAAGCACUUCAUUUGGCUCCCAGUGCACCCGAGGUGGUCGACGAUAUCCCCGUGCCAAGUGCACCGGAUGCCAUCGAUGAUAUCCCCGUGCCAAGCGCACCCGAUAUGCCACCCUCUUCCAGCAACGCGCAGCAGAAAGGCAAGGAACGCAGCAGUGCCAUCGUGCCCGCACCACCCGCACCGUUUGUGUCGUCGUACGACGAGUACGCAUCGAUGAGCAAGUCCAAGGCACAAGAAGCGGAAGAGGAACGCGCCUGGCUCACGUCAAUCCUUCCAUCCAUGCCAGGCCAGCCGCCAGACUCGCUCGAUCUGCCCACCUACCAGCAACGUGCGAACGAGUUGUCCGAGGCGCCGAUCCCCUCUGCUCCCGUCAUGGACGAGUAA